AUGCCGUCAAAGCUGCUUUCAUGUUCAUUGAGGUUUUUUCCGCCAUGUGAGUUCCUUGCAGAUCGGUUCAUUUCGCUAAACCAGGUCUUGAAUUCGCUUGCCGAGACUCUUGGCCCAAAUGACACGUCGUCUGCUUUUAGUCUGUUCUCGGGACGACUGCCGUAUUGCUCUAUCGCCGACUCCGAGCGGUGUGACCGAGCACCUACGCUCGCGACAUCAGAUACCGGCAGAGAGGCGCAAACAGAUCUGCGCCUCAAGGAGCCCACUUCUGUUGAACCACGACCCGACGGCGUUCUCAUUGAUAGCCGGCUCCGGUGUAACGAUGGAUUUCUUUGCGAUCUCUGCCCGUUCCGCACCAUCAGCAAGCCGAUGAUCGCGCGGCAUCUCAAUAGAGAGCACUUUCGGGCGACUACUGUGAGGUGGGCAAGGAGUCACGCUACAACUGCCUCGUCGUCCAUGCCGGUAUACUUACAGGCCUGGGACGCGUCUUCCAAUAACACAGCAGCGGCAUACACGGAACUUCGAUCCUGGCUAGAGCGGACGGGAUGGGAACGGGUGUAUGCCAACGUGGACCGUCGGCUUCUCUACUCGCUGACUCUACGGCCAGUAGAGCGUUCGUAUCGCCCUCUUCUUCUGUCGGCAGGCAUGUCGCAGCUUGAUAACGAUAUCGUUAGCCCUGCUGAUGACGAGGCCAAGAUUGCAGCGUUCUGCCACGCGGCGUACAAUGCCAUCAGUCGAUGCGAAGAAACGGCUAGAACGUCCAGCAGAAACUCACUCUGCUGGCUACGUAGUGUGCACCCAAACAACUGCUUCCCGAAGCCGCUCACGCCUGUGGCAAGGAAUAAUACUCGAGCACGUGACAUUUCCGUGCUCCAAAGGUUUGUGUCGCUGAUCUGCCGGGCUUAUCGAUCGUCAACAAAUCUCCGACGAGAUGUAGCUGGCGUGUCCCUCACGGAAGAGCACUGGGUUGCCUGUGGGAAGAGUCUGAACACAGGUAUCUCCGCAGACUGCGCAUGCGAAGAUACGGGGGAAGUCAGCGACAGGGAUGGUUGGGAAGAGGAUGACAGCGAUCUUGACGACCAGCAAUCACUAGCCAGCAGCAAUGACGACAAGGGUUCUCAGUUCGGCGAUCCUGAAGAGUCUUUUUCCGGCGACAGCAGUCAGAACGAAUGCGAUACCAGUAUCAACACGCAAUAUCCAGGGAAACCGGAAGCCGAGGGAGUAGAGGCCGCGGGCUCAGGUAGCCUAGACGAACUUCUUUUCGAGCUGAUCAUGCAAUUUUGCACACAAGAGAGUCAAGACGGGGAUCCUAGUCAGACCUUACUGGUUUACUUCUCUAGAAUUCUGGGAUUUACGAAGGACUUCCAGAGCUUCCAACUGCCCAGAAACUAUACCAGCCAUCUCGCUGCGCUCACCUACAUUCAACGCCUUCUGUUUCUUGAUUAUGCACUUCCGAAGAGGGGGUAUGCCGAGAUGGGCAAACCAGAGCGGAGCAGACAAGGUAGUCUUGCUAGGCUUCGGGACGUGAGGCACAGGUUUACUGUCCUUGGUGCAGAGUCCCCAUUCGAGGAGAUGUUCUCCCUGCUCUGCUUCGGCAGGAAGAUAGCCGCUAACAGCACUCCACCCAUCGUUCUCCACUGGAGCGAUGACGAGCAGACGAUGACUGCGUCGGGCGCCUGUUCCGUUACUAUGGACAAUUUCAGGAGUUUGCCGAAGGACCUCGUCGCAAAGGCAGACCAACUUUGUCGUGAGCUUCUAUACCAUCUUCCACCGAUCGAAGACCUGGAACAUGUCCAGGAUGACUUUGCGAAGACUGAUGCAGGGUUUUCCUUUCUUCAUCACCCAGCGAAUAAGCUGUCAAAGGAGUACCUCAACCUAUGUAAUCGAGCUUGCGCAGGGACCGAGGCAAGGCUGGCGUCUAACGGGAAAUGGCGCUAUGCACUUGUAUAG